UAUUGAACUUUGCUUUCAAGCCACGUGUGGACGUGUUGUACUUAAUCGCAGUAUCUUAUCUAGUGGACCUAAUCUUAGAACAUUACCUCUAACAAUUGAACUUUACUCAGCCUCGUCUUUCCAUUCUUCUUUCUUUCUCCAUCCGUCUCUUGACGAGAUCGCUUUCAUCAACCAACUUUCUCGUCGCCAUAUCACACAAAUCACAGAAAUCUAUUCCAAACCGCCCACCAUGUCGCCCUCCAAACCUGCUAACGGCAUAAAAAGAUCAGCACCCGCCUCAUCGACCGCAUCUCCAUCCGGCGCGAGUACGAGCAAGACCGAUAACAAGCGUCAGAAGCGCGACCGAGAUGCUGCUACAACAAAUCAUGCCUCGACCCCAACGCCCGCUGCCGUUGCUGCUGCCGCUGCUGCGAAAGAUUUCGGCGAACACAGUAAUACGCAUCUCUCAUUCGCCGUCGAAUUCCUCAAAGAAAAGCGCAGUCCUAGGCCCUUGCAGGAGAUAUUAGAUCACCUGACGCUGCAGCACCUCCCCGAGGACCAGCAACGCGCAUUCGUCCAUAGUCUGAAAACCCACUCGCGCAUCCUGUUCAGCCCAGCUCCCAAAUCCAAAGUUAGUUCAAGCCAGCAACCCGAAUGGCGCACCGGUACGUAUGAGUACAGGGCCAAAUUUCCCGGUGUAGUUUCCAAGAUAAAACUGCUGGAAUAUUUGCAGCAGAGGAAGGAUCAAGGAGGCAUUUCAAUCAAGGAUAUCAAAGAUGGCUGGCCGGACUGCGAUAACGCUAUCGAAGAGCUGGAGCGGGAACAUAAGGUCAUAGGUAUACGAACCAGAAAGGACACCCACGCACGAAUUAUCUGGCCCGAUACUCCAGACCUGCAUCACGAAGUGGACCCGGAAUUUCGAGUAAUGUGGUUCCAAGAGGCCCUACCCUCUGUCGAUGAAAUGCCCAGAAAGCUGAAGGCACUGGGUCAGAAGGCCACAAGCGAGGUGAAGAACAUAAAUCUCGGCCAGAAGGCCCCACCGAAGCGGAAGAAGGCCUCUCGUGUUCAGAAGAAAUUCGAGAAUGAGCACAUGAGGAACAUCUUCGAGCAGCACAAGCGCAAGUGACCUCAGCUCAAGUCACCCAGUAGGAAAUUUUAAGGCGUGUCCAUUGGUAGUGCGUUGGUAUUGGAUUAGGGUAUUUUCACGGUUUAUUCCCAAAAAUCAAGGAAGGGGGAAAGGCGAAGCGAGCAUUCACGGCGUUCGGUUGGUUUAUCUAAAUAAGGUGUUUCGGAACGAAAAGGGGAGGGCAAACUGCCCUAUAUACGCCUAGGCAAUCAUGGAUACACGCAUACUCGGUAAUAGGUAUUAAUAAGCGACGAGGAAUUUCUGAAUAAGCCCCAUGCCAUGCUGCGUUAUCCCCGUAAAAGGUAUAGGUAUGGAGUAAACUUAAGACUUGAUGGUUCCGCCAUCGCCGUCCCCUGCUAGAUAAGGCGUGACUUUGAUAUGGGUCCGCCAAAAAGCUAUACAAAAGAAAUCAGCUUUACAAAGACAUAAUCUGUUGUAAGCAACUAAAUGGUUAGGUUAUGAUUUUUUAACGAACUAGUCGAC